GGCGGCGGCGGCGCCGGCGGCGGGAGAGCCGGGCUGAGCCCUGCGCAGCGGAGCUGCCGGCGUGCGGUGGGGCGCAUGGCGGGCGCAGGCGACGAGCGGACGCCGCUGCUGGGCGCGCGACGGGCGGCGUUCGAGGGCCGGCGCGCGGCGUGCGCGGCCGUGCUGCUGACGGAGCUGCUGGAGCGCGCCGCCUUCUACGGCGUCACGGCCAACCUGGUGCUGUUCCUCAACGGCACGGCGUUCGGCUGGGAGGGCGCGCAGGCCAGCCAGGCGCUGCUGCUCUUCAUGGGCCUCACCUACCUGGUGUCGCCGUUCGGGGGCUGGCUCGCCGACGCGCGGCUCGGCCGGGCGCGCGCCAUCCUGCUCAGCCUGGCGCUCUACCUGCUCGGCAUGCUGGCCUUCCCGCUGCUGGCCGCGCCCGCCACGCGCACGGCGCUCUGCGGGGCCCCCCGCCCCACGCGCGUCCGCAACUGCUCGGCAACGCCGUGUGCCGACGCGCCCGCCCGCUACUGCGCGCCCGCAGCGCUGUCCGCGCUCGUGCUCGUGGGCCUGGGCGUGGGCGCCGUCAAGGCCAACAUCACGCCCUUCGGCGCCGACCAGGUUAAAGAUCGCGGUCCAGAAGCCACGAGAAGAUUUUUUAAUUGGUUUUAUUGGAGCAUUAACCUGGGAGCGAUCGUUUCUCUGGGGGGCAUUGCCUACAUUCAGCAGAAUGUGAGCUUUGUCACCGGCUACAUCAUCCCCGCUGUCUGCAUCGGAGUGGCUUUCGUGGUCUUCCUCUGCGGCCAGACCUUCUUCAUCACCAAGCCGCCCGAUGGCAGCGCCUUCACUGACGUGUUCAGGAUCCUGGUGUAUUCGUGCUGCCCCCAAAAGCGAAUCAGGGAACGCAGUCCUAGUGGUGAAGGCAUUGGAGUCUUUCAGCAAUCUUCUAAACACAGUCUGUUUGAUUCAUGUAAGAUGUCUCAUGGAGGGCCAUUCCCGGAAGAUAAAGUGGAAGAUGUGAAAGCUCUUGUCAAGAUUGUCCCCGUUUUCUUGGCUUUGAUACCUUACUGGACAGUGUAUUUUCAAAUGCAGACGACGUAUGUUUUACAAAGUCUUCAUUUGAAGAUUCCAGAAAUUUCCAGUAUUACUACCAAUCCUCAUACGUUUCCGGCAGCCUGGCUGACCAUGUUCGAUGCUGUGCUCAUCCUCCUGUUAAUCCCCUUGAAAGAUAAACUGGUGGAUCCCAUCUUGAGAAGAAACGGGCUGCUGCCAUCGUCCUUGAAAAGGAUCGCGGUGGGCAUGUUCUUCGUGAUGUGCUCGGCCUUCGCAGCAGGAAUUUUGGAAAGCAAACGGCUGGACCUCGUGAAGGAGAAGACCAUUAACCAGACCAUUGGAAAUGUCGUUUACUAUGCUGCGGAUUUGCCAAUCUGGUGGCAGGUCCCUCAGUACGUGCUGAUUGGCGUCAGUGAAAUAUUUGCGAGCAUCGCAGGCCUGGAAUUCGCGUACUCGGCCGCCCCCAAGUCCAUGCAGAGCGCCAUCAUGGGCUUGUUCUUCUUCUUCUCUGGCGUCGGGUCCUUCGUGGGCUCGGGACUGUUGGCGCUGGUGUCCCUCAAGGCCAUCGGGUGGAUGAGCAGCCACACGGACUUCGGUGGACGGACCUGAGCGCCUCGUCUCCGCACGGUAUCGCGGAUGGCUUUAAAGAGAAGGUUUGGCUUAAGGCUGAGCUCCUACAGGACGGAGCUUACGAGCCUCCCGGUUUCGGACGGAGACCUCACAGGCUGCCGUCGGGGACAUUCCGGUCCAUCUGCCGUCCUUACGUCCCGCUUCACUGGCAGGGGUCGCACCUCCGAGGGGCCGCUGGAGCCCUUCGCCCCCUUUAUAGCUGGAUGCUGAGGUGGCCCCUUCUCGCUAGGCGGGGAAAGCACAACACUGCAAAGCUUCAAAACGGCAAGUCCUUUCAAAAUUACACUGGGCCUCUUUUCAAAACCCUGAUCACUUCUAAAUUCUAGGUGAUAAAAAAUGGACGGUCUUCAAUAUUUUCAAACUGUUCCACUUGGUGCCAAACAGUCGCACCACUUGAAAAUCAAAGCGCAUUAGAGAAGAGCAGAGUACCGUGACAAUCCGAAAUCGCCACACAGCACGCGGUGACUUGCUGUUACGAAAACCAACCACGUCGUUCACAGGCGUUUUCAAGUAGAAUGAAGUCAUUUGAGCAGAUGUUUUUAAAUGUUCUUUGCAACACCUUGCUCUUUUGGAGAUCAGGCCUUUUAGAGGAAAUAACAUUUUAAAGUGCUUUAUGGAACUAGGACGUAUUAAAUAAGUGAACAGUACAAAAUGCAGGGGAAAAACCAAAGCACAGCAAGGCUGUGUAACCAUGAAAAAUCAGCAUUUACUAACUUCCACAUGGACUAAAAGGCACGUGCCUCACAAAGGAAGCCGAGCUAGUGCCGGGGAGUUGCACCUGCAGGCUUACCUGUGUUGGUGUAUCCUCCAAACCAGAGCCUCAGGGGAGAGGGGGCUGGCAGGUGAGCGGACCCAGACGGAAGUGACUUCACCGGAGCCUGGCCGCCUGGUGGUGAAGACCCGACAGGUGCCAGGCUGAUUUUCCAGUGGCUCUGGGUCCCAGCAAAACGGGUUGGAUAGCAGUGGAGGAGCAGGCGGCCAGCUAUGUGGAGCUUUGGAGAAAUGUACGAUGAAGCCCUUGACCUUGACCUUGGGACUCCAGCGGCAGAGUUGAAGGUGGACGGGCCAGUCAGGAACUCUCGCUUGCACAUAAUUCUCCGUAUCCUUCCUCAACUCUCCCCUGACGCUCGGAGCUGCGGUCAUUAGCAGUUGUUCUUAAAAAUAGAUCAGUAUCUUGACGAAAGGGGUUUCUGCUCCACCGAUUACCGUAUUUGGGCAGGAGAUUCCGGUUUGGGUAGAGGAUGCUUGAAGCCUGCAUUUGUGAGGGCACAAGAGGAAAGGGAUGUGACACGGCCACUCCCAUGUUUCAAGGUCGAAGGGGGUGAGGGGUGGCGGUGUCUCUCCAGAAGGAAGUGGAGACCGAGUCUCUCUCCUGCUGAGCGAUGAGUCAGACGUGGGGACCCUGGUGACCACCGUCGAGGGCUGGUGCGCUGGACGGGAGGGUCUGCAGACAGCAGAGAGGGGAGGGCUGGGCACCUGUAAAAUCCCUCUAACCUUGCCCUAAAGGGAACCAGAAAGUGGGGUGGUAGCCAGAGACCACACGGGGCAGGGGAGGUCUUGGAGUCUCUUGUGGUUUUGAGAAUGGAGAAAAGAGACAGCUUUAUGAAAUCCCAGCAUCUGCAUAAAGUGAGCGUUAUGGUCGUGGGAAAGGGGUGGAA